AUGGGCAUGCACAUCAAGGAGGUGUGUCUGAAAUCACAACGAUCUGCUAAAGCGUUGUCCGCAAUACUGCCAAACGUUCGGGGCCCAAUACCAGCAAAGAGAAGAGUGUUAGCAUAUGCGUGCCAGAAUAUUAAUAUGUAUGGAGCACCUGUGUGGAACGAAGCAACCAAUAUGCACGUAAAUAAAAAAAGACUUGAAGGUGCACAGAGAGUCAUGGCUUUGAGGGUCUACUCGGCGUAUCGGACAACUUCAACUGAGGCAGCCUUGGUGAUAUCGGGUCUGGUGCCCUUGCAUCUUCUCUCAAGAGAAAGAGAACGACUCUUUCUAAACGGUGAAGUACAAACCAGGGCAAGCAGAGAGAUGGAGAGAAACCGCACAGUGCAGCAGUGGCAGGCAGAAUGGGAAGCAUCACAAAAAGGAAGAUGGACAUAA